AGUAACAUUUAGUUCUUAAUGCAUGACUGAUUAUUAUUAUUAUUAUACAUAUAAACGGUAAAAUCUUUAUUAUGUUGUUUACAAAUGUAUUUUGACAGUCAUCCCUACAUUGAAUGUAACUUAAUUGUUGAAUAUUCAUUAAUAAUUAUGGAAUGAAUUCUGUGCAUGUGACACAUUGGAUUUUUUAUUUCCUGACACAUUGGUUUUGUAUAUAUAUACAUAUGUGACGUUAGUAGCGGAUGACAUAUAAAUUUAAACAACUAUAUUUCUCCUUAUUAUUGCUAUUAUAUCAUAACUGUUUGCAUUUUCAACCAUCAUUAUGAAGCAGUUUUAUCAUGUAAUAUUAAUGGUAAUUAUUGUCAUGUUUAGUCAUUUCAAUGUUGUAUCAGGUGAAUGCCGUACAAUAGGACAAAAUUGUUCCAAAACUGUGUUUUCUCCAUGUUGUGAACAAUUAUAUUGUGGUCUAAAUACAUUAUUUACUGGUAAAUGUCAUCUAUGCCUUGCAGGUGGAUACUUCUGUUGGACCAGUCAAGAAUGUUGUUCUGGAAAAUGUAGUUGGCUUAAAUGUACAGAUCCAAUAAAGGAUGUUAUUGAAAAGCUGACUGGUUAGAAAAAAAACCCAAUUAAUAUAAGUAGUAUAAAUGUUUCUUAGAAUUCAGUUGUUCAGUUAUUUUACUGAACUUUUCUAUUUAACUUCUAUUAACCUGCAAUUAUCAAUAAUAUAUUAUUCAUUUUAUGUUUUACGAGGGAAUAAAAUACACACACUUUAAUAGAAAACAUAUGAUUAUGUAUGAAAUUCAAUUUGCUUCUAUAAGUGAUCAUGUAUUGUUGAUUUGUUUUGUUUCUUUUCUUUUCAUUGUAAAAGCUUGUAUGUUAAAAAGCUAAAUACAGGGUUGUUUCCUUAUAUAUUUCCUGUUUGUUUAACUAACUUAUAACAUAAACUAUUUCAUACUAUCUGUGAAAUAUUUUUCUGUGAUAGAAAACAUAUAGUUAAUGAUUAUCAGUAUGGGGUUGUGAAGAUUAUUAAGUUUUUAUUUUAGAUCAUGAACCGAUUGAUUUUAGAUCACCAUUGAGAACCUGAAAACACUGGACGGCUAUGGAACUCCAUAGCAAUGCGCAUCCACGAUCCCACUCGCGGGAUUCGAACCCAGGGCCUUCGGUCUCGCACCCGAAUGCUUAACCUUGAGGUCGCUGAGCCGGCAUCCAACGGUGUUA